AUGCCAUCUACCGUAACCCUCCUCAUCCUCAUUUCCUUAUUCACAGCAACCGUAAUCUCUCAAUACGCCUACAACCCCCAAUUCUAUUCACAGUUUGCUCAACAACAACGAAACUACUACAGUAACCCAAGAACCUAUUAUAACAGUCCGGUUUAUGAUAACCUCUGGGGCGCGCCAGCCAACCAUGGUGAGUCUUCUGGAUAUGAGAAGACACCAUUCGCCACAGUAUGCGCCGGUCUAUGGGAAGUGAACCAUUCUGAAAAUUUAAUUAUCUGA